CGCACAGACAUGAGGCACAACGCAAGCGACGUAUCCGCGCAUGCGCAUGAACGAAGCGCCGUUUUCAACGAGGUAUUUUUCAGGAUGUGAAGCGAUAGUUUGGUGCAAUCGUUGCUUGCAAAAUGUUGGGAUAGCUAGUAAAUUCAUUCAUUAGUUGAACAUAAAGUAUUUGAGUUCCCUAAACUUGGUCGGUGCAAGUUAUUUUGCAAACAUAAGGUGUUUGUUCACCGUUUGCCUACGAUUUGUGUUUGUACGUUAAAGUGAUUGUUUUGUUGUAGCUAGCUACUUACCUUGCUAGUUAAUAUCUAAGUUUAACUAUCUCGCAUUGUAGGUUCCAUUGGUAAGUUAGCUAGCUUAGAAAACCCAUUUCUGGCGUUGUGGAUGGUAGCUAGCUAUAGAAGUCGAUAAUUACAACAUUAUUGAUGGCAACUAAUGCUGACCAUGUUUUGAUCCAUUGUAAUCGUCCCAUUGAAGCCUGAGCCGAGAUGUUUGGUCCCAAACCGACACUUCAGGACCGCCAGCACCUUUACCAGCUGAUCAUCAGCCAGCUGUUGAAUGAAUGUUACACCAACGUGUCUAACAGCCUCCCAGAAGUCAAGACGUAUUCCCACGCAUCAUUCAUUUGAUGUUUUAUUUAACGUUUAUUUAGGUAAUAGAGACAUGAUCCUAUAUAAAUGUAAGGUUUGACAUUAUUGUUAUAGUGAAAUAUUAUAUCUGUUUCUGCUUGCAGUCUACAAAUGAUUUGUAAUUCUCUUCUGCCCCCGACCCUCUGCUCAACAAAAAAAUCGGUCUGUGGCUGAAUCUAGUUGAUGAUCAUGUCACUGUUUUGGGUCCAUGUCAGGAUACCAGCUACAUGUCACUGUUUUGGGUCCAUGUCAGGAUACCAGCUACAUGUCACUGUUUUGGGUCCAUGUCAGGAUACCAGCUACAUGUCACUGUUUUGGGUCCAUGUCAGGAUACCAGCUACAUGUCACUGUUUUGGGUCCAUGUCAGGAUACCAGCUACAUGUCACUGUUUUGGGUCCGUGUCAGGAUACCAGCUACAUGUCACUGUUUUGGGUCCGUGUCAGGAUACCAGCUACAUGUCACUGUUUUGGGUCCCUGUCAGGAUACCAGCUACAUGUCACUGUUUUGGGUCCGUGUCAGGAUACCAGCUACAUGUCACUGUUUUGGGUCCGUGUCAGGAUACCAGCUACAUGUCACUGUUUUGGGUUGUACUAUAUUGCGUCAUUUCAUCCAUCAAUCUUGCCUUGCAAAUGGCGACAGUGCAGUAUGCUAGCAACCUGUCUACAGGUUGCACGAUGAUGGUGCAGUCAGGUGGUCCGACACAUCGACCUGGAGUUUCAGCGCCGACGUCCAGAGUCUCCUGAGGCGUCUUGAGUACGAUACUCGCUGUGUGACAUCCCAUAAAGGUCCCUGUCAUGUCGCCACACACAGCCGAGACGGGCAACCCAUCGCUACGAGCUCGGCAGACGCCUCCAUCAAAUUCUCUGGACGCAGAACGUAUGCUGGCCAAGAGUGCCAUGCCCACAGAGAUGAUGAUGAAUGAGACGGCCCAGCAGAACACGGAGAACCCGCCUGUGAUCAGAACACUGCAGGACCAUGUUUACGAGCUCACGUCUGGCAUUCCACCCCACCGAACAGAUUCUGGCGUCGGGGUCACGUGGGGGUCACGUGCCUACAUCCUCAAACUGUUUGACUACUCCAAGCACUCUGCCAAGAGGGCCGUCAAACACAUACUGGUCUGUAGGGACAGUCUGGGCCGUCAAACAUACUGGUCUGUAGGGACGGUCUGGGCCGUCAAACACAUACUGGUCUGUAGGGACAGUCUGGGCCGUCAAACACAUACUGGUCUGUAGGGACAGUCUGGGCCGUCAAACACAUACUGGUCUGUGGGGACGGUCUGGGCCGUCAAACACAUACUGGUCUGUAGGGACGGUCUGGGCCGUCAAACACAUACUGGUCUGUAGGGACAGUCUGGGCCGUCAAACACAUACUGGUUAAAAGGAUUAGACCUACACAGAUCUGUGUCAUGUCACUAACAGUGAUGUGUGUUACUUCCUCACAGGAAGCAGAGAUGCUGCGGUCCAUUUCCUUCCACCCGUCAGAUACGUUUCUGUAGGUGGGGACCCAGCAUCCCAUCCUCCGCCUCGAUGUGUGUGUCUCUAUUGGUGUGUGUGUCUCUAUUGGUGUGUGUGUCUCUAUUGGUGUGUGUGUCUCUAUUGGUGUGUGUGUCUCUAUUGGUGUGUGUGUCUCUAUUGGUGUGUGUGUCUCUAUUGGUGUGUGUCUCUCUAUUGGUGUGUGUCUCUCUCUCUCUUGGUGUGUGUGUCUCUCUCUUGGUGUGUGUGUGUGUCUGUUCAUGUGUCUCUGUCUUGGUGUCUGUGUGUGUGUGUUUCUCUCUUGGUGUGUGUGUGUAUAUCUCUCUCUUGGUGUAAACAGAGAUCUGUUUAUUAUGAGAUGUUGUCCUGUCUACAGAGAGCUGUUUAUUAUGAGAUGUUGUCCUGUCUACAGAGAGCUGUUUAUUAUGAGAUGAUGUCCUGUCUACAGAGAUCUGUUUAUUAUGAGGUGUGGUCCUGUCUACAGAGACCUGUUUAUUAUGAGGUGUGGUCCUGUCCACAGAGACCUGUUUAUUAUGAGGUGUGGUCCUGUCUACAGAGACCUGUUUAUUAUGAGGUGUGGUCCUGUCUACAGAGACCUGUUUAUUAUGAGGUGUGGUCCUGUCUACAGAGACCUGUUUAUUAUGAGGUGUGGUCCUGUCCACAGAGAGCUGGCUGAUUUUAAAUGAACAAUGUUAUUUGGAAUCUAAAUAAUGAAUGAUGAUAGUUCUAGUUAUUUUAUUUUGAAGACAAAAUGAUCAACAUUCAUAUUUUUAUUUCAUCUUUUGAUAUAAAAAAAAAACGACUUUGUUGUUGAGUAAGUGUUGUAACUUCUUUUUCACUUUUUGAUUUAUUUUUUGUCUUUCUGUCUGUCACAGAUUUGUAUUAAAACCUUGAAGUGA